UUAAAUCUCAAUUUCAAAAAAAUUUGAUCCUUAUGACUGGUUAGGUCCAGGGUCACGUAUGAUAAUUUUAAUGCAAUAUGGUCAUACACUGAUUAGUUACUUUUCUUUUUUUAAUGGCACUCAAAAACAUUAUAUUACUUGUGAUUUUGUUUUUUCUUUGUCUUUCCUUAAAUAAAUCCGAACGUGCACUGCAUUAACAUCUUCUAGCCAGUGUUCUGUUGGUCUUAUUGCAAAAUACCUUUUGUUUACUUGAAUUUAACAGCACUACAAACGCAUUUGAACGCAUAUUCCUUAUCAGUCGUGUUUAUUAAUGCAAACUUUGACACAUAAACGCAAUGACCUGUAUUUGCCCUCCCCACACUGGCGUUGCUGCUUGCUUGUAAUUCCGAACGUUUCCUGUUUUUGAGCCCAGCGGCGCGCCGUAGUGGCGGUUUCUUACUGGAGCCACGGAUGUUCAAACUUUAUUAAUAUGACAAAGUUUUACUUUAAAAUAAAAGGACUAAUUUAUUAAACCAGCGUGGAUGUAUUGUGACCUUUUUUUUUUUUACCAGCGUAUCCUUCAGUUUUUUUCUUCACUUUUAUAGUCUAAACCAAGGCCGUUGCUAUGGAGGACGUCACGCGGCUGGUGUCGUCAGGUGACUGCCUGAAGAUCUGGGACUCGACCUCCAUGACGGUGCUGGAGCAGUUCAACCCUCACAGUGCCACGCAUCCAGUGGCUCAAGUGUGCUGGAGCAGCAGCAAUCAGUACCUGGUCAGUGCCAGCAGUAUAGGAGACAAGCUGGUGGUGUCCAGUCUCAAGUCAUCUCCAGUUCCAGUGAUGGAGCUGGGUGAAGGGAAAAAGCAAACCCGUGUCAGUCUGAACUCCACAUCACAGUUCCUGGUCAGCGGAGGACUGGAUAACACGGUUAAUAUCUGGGACCUAAAGACAAAAAGGUUGCACCGAAGCCUUAAGGACCACAAGGAGGAAGUGACAUGUGUGUCUUUUAACGGAGGCGAUAGCUACAUAGCAUCUGGCUCCACUAGUGGAGAAAUCAUCCUCCACAGUAUCACAACCAACCUGUCCAGCAAACCCUUCGGCCAUGGGCCAAAUGUGCCCAUCCAUGAUCUGAGGUACUCGCUGGUGAAGAGGUCUCUGCUGGGCACGGUAUCUGACAGUGGCUCUGUGGCUCUCUGGGAUGCUAACACUCAAAAGGAGCUGCAUUUGUUCGAGGGGACACACAAAGCCCCGUGUUCAGGGCUGGCCUUCUCUCCGGCCAAUGAUUUGCUCUUCAUCACUGUGGGCCUUGAUAAGAAGAUCGUCUGUUAUGACACUUCCAGCAAAAUGGUGUUUCGUAAUAAGCAGGUGGAGUCUCCACUCACAGCCAUUGAUUUUACUCCAGAUGGGGCUGGACUGGUUGUGGGCUCAACGCAGGGCAGAAUUUAUAUGUACGAUUUGAGAAACCUCAGCGCACCGGUCAAAAUCACCACAGCUCACAAGACGUCAGUGACCUGCAUUCGCUUCCAGAACUCCACCUCCAAGUUAAAGUCCACUAAAACAUCCAGCAAGUCUUCUCAAUCAAGUAAGAGGAUCUCAGUAAAACUGGGCGGUCAGCAGACGGGACCCUCCACUUCAACAUCUACAGUCCCACCCGGUGUGCCAGGCUCUGAAUUUCCUGGUGAUGGACAAGCCCAAGUCACAGGUACUGCUGGAGAGGUGUUCACCCGUGAGGCGGAGGGUCAGCACAGUCAAGACCAGCUGCCGAAUAUGGAGAAAUUGAGCAACAUCGGUCGGAACAGCCUCAACUUGGAUAUUUUCUCCCCUCUUAAUGAUGGUUUCAAAACACAUGGUUUUAGUGAUACUCCAACUCCAAGAAAUGGAGGCAGUAUAGAUGUGUUCUCGAGGGAAGGGGAAGGCCAGCACUCCACAGACCGCUUCAGAGUUGGCCGAAACAGCUUGGACAUCUUUUCACCUGUACGAGAUGAUUACAAAGGGCACAGACUGAGUGAUGUAUCAAGUGGAAAAAAAGACUUUGAAUACCUACCUCAUUUCGCUGGUGGGUCGUCCCAGAGGAAGACCCCAUUGGGCACUCCAGGCAGUCGCUGCUACAGUCCGUCUGUGGUUCAGACUCCUCCACCAAUCAAAGAGGAGGAGUCCAUCACUACCCCACCGCAACAGACUGAUGUGGAGAAGAAUAACGGUCUCCGGCAGGAGUAUGAUGUCACUAGCACACCCCCUGCUGCUCAGAGCACACAUGUUCAGUCUGUGAACACGUACAACACCCCUGAGCCCGGUCAGAGGAGAGAUCUGCCCACCCAGCUCACCUAUGAUUCGCCGGUCAGCAGAGCUCCUCCUGCAGCUGCACCAGCUCCAGCGGCGGCAGUCGAAUCUGGAGCCGAGGGCCGUGGAGCUCCGCUCACCUCCAUUCAGAUGAACUUUGUCCGUAAUAUGAUCCAUGAGGCACUGGAGGACUUCAGGGACACUUGUCAUAGAGACAUUAUCAAUCUGCAGGUGGAGAUGGUUCGGCAGUUCUAUAUUCAGCUGAAUGAAAUCCAUGGUCUGAUUGAGAAAUACUCUGUGAACGACUCCCUCAUCGAGGAGAUAGAAAGACUGAGGGAAGAAAACAAACGACUACGAGCCAAUUAUUAAAGACAUCCAUAGACACGUGUCUCCCAUUGUGUCAGUCGGGGAAUACUGGCCGGAAUCAGAGAGGACAGAGAGAAGCUCACGUUUCUACUAGUGCCUUCACUCUGCAGACCACCGCUCACUGUCUGCUGCUCCAUUUGUCAUAUUGGCACACACUUUUGUAUUUGUUUCAGGUUAUAAAGUGUUUUUGUAAGAUUUCUAUGCCUUAAAAUUAAAUAGCAAAGAAGAGAACUCACUUUGUAUUUUUUUCCCAAGGUGUGUUUUGUAUAUCCUAACUAGUUUACAGACAAGUCGCAUGUAUUGGCACCUAGGAUGUGUAAUGCGUGAAUUUUGUAGAGUAAAGAAACAUCUCCGUGUGAAUUUUGCCACUAUGGAUUGUGCUCCUUCGUAAUUUUUGUCCAGAUUAUUUUUACAAACCACAUGCCAAAAAUGAAAGGACACUGGUGAUGUGUAAGAGUAGGCAGAUCUGUGCAUUUUGCAGCUUCAAAAGGUGUGUAUUGGAGAUUAUUUGAAUGCCAGUGCUUUAAUACAUGACAUUUUGAAUCAGUUUCAUAUGUUCUUGGCAGCACAUUCGGCAACAAAAAGCAAAUGACUAACUCAAACCCAUUAUCUGUACGCUGUGCUCCUAAUCCACAAUAAGUAGGUGUCUUCCAAUAGACUGGCCUAAAUAAAUUAUUUCUGC